GGCGUUGUUUUGAAAUGUAGUUCUGAGUGGGGGAGAGAAUAAAGGUUGGAAAAUGGAAGAGAAUGAGCAUAAAUUAAUGUUGGCAUGUGUGAUUCCCGGGACUCUCUUCUUCGUGCUGGGCUCUGCUUCUUUUGCGAUACUCUGGGCAGUCAAUUGGAGACCAUGGCGGAUUUAUAGUUGGAUCUUUGCCCGAAAAUGGCCUGAAAUGCUUCAAGGUCCCCAGCUGGGAAUUUUAUGUAGUUUUAUGUCUCUUACUGCUUGGCUGAUUGUUAUCUCACCAAUUGUGGUCCUUAUAAUGUGGGGAAGCUGGCUCACUGUAAUUUUGGGCCGGGACAUAAUUGGGUUAGCUGUGGUAAUGGGUGGUACUGCUAUCCUCUUAGCAUUCUACUCAAUCAUGCUAUGGUGGAGAACACAAUGGCAAAGCUCAAGAGCUGUAGCUGUUCUUCUUUUGUUGGCUGUUGGGUUGCUCUGUGCAUAUGAACUCUGUGCGGUGUAUGUCACAGCUGGUGUGAGUGCAUCUGAGAGAUAUUCACCUUCUGGUUUUUUCUUUGGGGUGUCAGCAAUUGCUUUAGCCAUCAACAUGCUCUUUAUUUGCAGAAUGGUUUUUAAUGGUAAUGGCUUAGAUGUUGAUGAAUAUGUGCGGAGGGCAUACAAAUUUGCGUAUUCAGACUGUAUUGAAGUGGGUCCAGUUGCUUGUUUACAAGAACCCCCUGAACCCAAUGAGUUAUAUCCUCGACAAACGAGAAGGGCUUUGCAUCUUGGGCUUCUGUACCUUGGCUCAGUUUUAGUACUACUUGCAUAUUCUAUCUUGUAUGGCCUGACCGCGAAGGAAUCACACUGGCUUGCGACUAUAACAUCAACUGCCAUUAUUAUACUUGACUGGAAUAUAGGGGCAUGCUUGUAUGGAUUUCAACUUCUUAAAAGCCCUGUCAUUGCACUUAUUCUUGCGGGAGUGUCUCGAGUGCUCCUCAUAUGUUUUGGAGUUCAUUACUGGUAUUUGGGACAUUGCACUAGUUAUGUUGUUGUUGCAUCUGUGCUUCUAUGUGCUGUUGUUUCACGCCACUUGUCCGCUAUAGAUCCAUCAGUGGCAAGAAGAGAUGCUCUGCAGAGUACUGUUAUUCGCCUUAGAAAUGGUUUCCGCAGAAAAGAUCAUAGUAGCUCUGCUAGUUCUUCCGAGGGUUGUGGAUCCAGUGUGAAACGUAGUAGUAGUGCAGAUGCUGGUCAUCUUUCUAAUGCUCCUGUAUCUUGCACUGGUGAUGUUAGCAGCUACAAUACUAUUGAGGGAAUCAAUAGUGAUAAGAGUAUGGAUAGUGGAAGGCCCAGUUUAGCAAUUCGUAGUAGUUCAUGCAGAUCAGUAGCUCGAGAACCUGAAGUAGGCAGCUCAACAUGUGUUGACAAGAAUUUUGAUCGUAAUUCUCUGCCAGUAUGCUCAAGUAGCUGCAUUGAAAACCAAGGAUGUGAGUCCAGUGCAUCAGCUCCGAUAAAUCAGCAAAUGCUUGACUUGAAUUUGACACUUUCUUUCCAGGAAAAGUUGAAUGAUCCCAGAAUUACAUCGAUGUUAAAGAGGAAGGCAAGACAAGGAGAUCUUGAACUUACUAGUUUAUUGCAAGAUAAAGGACUUGAUCCAAAUUUUUCUGUUAUGCUGAAGGAGAAAGGUUUAGACCCAAGAAUCCUUGCAUUAUUACAGAGAAGUAGUUUGGAUGCUGAUCGAGAUCAUUGUGACAAUACCAAUGUGACAGUCAUUGACUCUAACAGUGUUGACCAGGUGUUUCCUAAUCAAAUUUCUUUUUCAGAAGAGCUCCGACACCAAGGGUUAGGGAAGUGGCUUCUACUAUGCAGAAUGAUUUUGCAUCACAUAGUAGGAUCUCCGGAAAGAGCAUGGCUUCUUUUCAGUUUAGUGUUCAUCCUUGAUACCGUGGUUGUUGCAGUUUUUCGUCCAGAGACUAUAAACCUUAUAAAUGCGGCACACCAACAGUUUGAAUUUGGUAUUGUGGUGUUGCUUUUGUCUCCUGUCAUAUGUUCAAUACUGGCGUUCCUUCGGUCUCUUCAACUGGAAGAGCUAGCCAUGACUUCGAAGCCACGCAAAUAUGGAUUUAUAGCUUGGAUGCUAAGCACUUGUGUUGGCUUGCUUCUUUCGUUCCUAAGCAAAUCAUCAGUACUUCUGGGAUUUUCUUUGAUGGUGCCUUUAAUGGUAGCAUGCCUCUCUUUUGCAAUUCCAAUAUGGGUUCAUAAUGGCUAUCAGUUUUGGGUGUCAAGAAUUGAGAAUGGAGGUGGAGCAGGAAAUCAUCAAACUUUGGGAAUGAAACGGGGUGUUCUAUUCGUCUACAUGUCUUUAUUUGCUGGAUCUGUUGUAGCUCUUGGAGUGAUAGUGUCUGCAAAACCAUUAGACGAUUUAGGGUACAAGGGGUUGACUGUUGAUCAGAAUGUUGUUACCUCUCCUUAUGCAUCAUCUGUUUACCUUGGUUGGGCAAUGGCAUCUGCAAUUGCUUUAUUAGCUAGUGGCUUGCUACCCAUCAUAUCGUGGUUUGCAACAUAUCGGUUUCCCCUCUCAUCUGGUAUUUCUAUUGGUAUAUUUGCAGCUGUUCUGGUGGGAUUUUGUAGUGUCUCGUAUUUGAAAGUUGUGAGUUUGAGGGUUGAUCAAGUCCCAAUGAAGGAAGACUUCCUGGCUGCAUUGCUUCCACUGUUAUGCAUUCCUGCAGUCCUUUCACUUUCUUCUGGUUUAUUUAAAUGGAAAGACGAUAACUGGAAGCUUUAUCGAGGUGCUUAUAUAUUCAUUAUUAUUGGUCUUCUUCUUCUGCUUGGUGCCAUUUCGGCCAUCAUAGUUACAGUGCAACCUUGGAGGAUAGGAGCAACAUUUCUCUUAGUUCUCCUCCUCCUAGUUCUAGCUAUUGGUGCAACUCAUUAUUGGGCCUCAAAUAAUUUCUAUCUGACAAGGGUGCAGAUGCUAGUUGUUUGUUUUCUAGCAUUUCUUGUGGCUUUGGCAUCCUUUCUUGUUGGAUGGUUUCAAGACAAGGCCUUUGUCGGUGCAUCCGUUGGUUACUUCUCAUUUCUUUUCCUACUAGCUGGAAGGGCAUUGUCUGUGCUCCUUUCACCUUCUAUAGUAGUCUAUUCCCCAAGGGUGUUACCUGUGUAUGUGUACGAUGCACAUGCAGAUUGUGGGAAAAAUGUCAGUGGUGCAUUUCUUUUGCUUUAUGGCGUUGCAUUAGCUAUUGAAGGAUGGGGUGUAGUUGCAAGUUUGAAAAUCUAUCCACCUUUUGCUGGAGCUGCUGUUUCAGCAAUUACACUUGUUGUAGCUUUUGGAUUCGCUGUCUCUCGCCCUUGUUUGACUCUUGAGAUGGUUGAAGAUGCUGUUCACUUUCUUAGUAAGGAAACUGUAGUCCAGGCAAUAGCUCGGUCUGCCACCAAGACCAGAAACGCUUUAUCUGGAACUUACUCUGCUCCCCAGAGGUCUGCCAGCUCAGCUGCUCUUUUGGUUGGGGAUCCUGCUGUAAUUCGAGAUAAAGGAGGCAAUUUUGUACUUCCUAGGGCUGAUGUCAUGAAAUUAAGAGAUCGUUUGAGAAAUGAAGAAUUAGCUGCUGGAUCUCUUAUGUCUAGGUUGAGAAAUAAGACCCUGCGGCACGAAGCUAUAACUGAUAUAGGUCACAAAAGAGAAAUGUGUGCUCAUGCCAGAAUACUAGCUCUGGAAGAAGCAAUUGACACUGAAUGGGUUUACAUGUGGGAUAAGUUUGGUGGUUAUUUACUUCUUUUACUUGGUUUGACGGCUAAAGCUGAACGUGUACAGGAUGAGGUUCGUUUAAGACUUUUCCUCGACAGCAUAGGAUUGCCAGAUCUCAGUGCUAAGGAUAUCAAAAAGUGGCUACCAGAGGAACAUAGGCGGUUUGAACUUAUACAAGAGAGUUAUAUUAGAGAGAAAGAGAUGGAAGAAGAAAUAUUGAUGCAGAGACGCGAAGAGGAAGGAAGGGGUAAAGAGAGGAGGAGAGCUCUUCUGGAGAAAGAAGAACGCAAAUGGAAAGAGAUAGAAGCUUCUCUUAUGUCAUCUAUUCCCAAUGCUGGCAACAGAGAAGCAGCAGCAGUUGCAGCUGCUGUUCGUGCAGUUGGUGGUGAUUCAGUUCUUGAUGAUUCUUUUGCUCGUGAGAGAGUUUCAAGCAUUGCACGCCAUAUACGUGCAGGCCAGUUAUCUCGGAGAGCACUCCAGACUGGACUUAGUGGUGCUGUAUGUAUUCUUGAUGAUGAGCCUACUACCAGCGGCAGACAUUGUGGAACCAUGGAUCUCAGUGUUUGUUGUAGUAAUAGAGUUAGCGUUUCUAUUGCUGUCAUGGUGCAGCUGGAGUCGGGACCAGUUUGUCUCUUGGGUUCUGAAAUGCAGAAGAAGAUAUGCUGGGAGUUUCUUGUUGCUGGGUCUGAGCAAGGCAUUGAAGCUGGACAAGUUGGACUUAGAUUAAUUACCAAGGGUGAUAGACAAACAACAGUCUCAAAGGAGUGGAGUGUGGGUGCGAGCAACAUUGCUGAUGGAAGGUGGCAUAUAGUUACAUUGACUGUAGAUGCUGAUUUAGGGGAAGUAUCUUGCUAUCUAGAUGGUAAUUUUGAUGGCUAUCAGACAGGGCUACCACUGCAUACUGGUAGUUGCAUAUGGGAGCAAGGAACAGAGGUUUGGGUGGGUAUACGGCCACCUAUUGAUCUUGACGCAUUUGGGAGGUCGGAUAGUGAAGCAGCUGAUUCUAAGAUGCAGAUAAUGGAUGUAUUUCUUUGGGGAAGGUGCUUAACUGAAGAUGAGAUUGCCACUCUUCCUGGUGCAGUUGUUACUGCGGAGUAUAAUAUGAUCAAUCUAUUAGAUGAUAAUUUUCAAUGGACGGACUCUCCAACUAGGGUUGAUGACUGGGAGAGCGACCCUGCAGAUGUUGACCUUUAUGACAGAGAUGAUGUGGAUUGGGAUGGACAGUAUUCAAGUGGGAGGAGAAGGAGAUCUGAACGGGAUGGUGUCGUAUUGGAUGUUGAUUCUUUUACGAGAAGGUUGAGGAAACCAUCAUUGGAGACACAAGAAGAAAUGAAUCAACGCAUGCGCUCAGUUGAAAUGGCUGUGAAGGAGGCUCUAUUGGCAAGAGGAGAAUCCCAAUUCACAGAUCAAGAAUUCCCCCCUGGUGAUCGCUCAUUAUUUCUUGAUCCAGAUAACCCUCCUUCAAAACUGCAGGUUGUUGCUGCAUGGAUGAGGCCCAUUGAAAUAGUUGAAGAGAAUCAGCUUGUUUCUGGUCCAUGCCUGUUUUCUGGAGCAGCAAAUUCUUCAGACGUUUGCCAGGGACGACUGGGUGAUUGUUGGUUUCUGAGUGCAGUUGCUGUUUUAACUGAGGUUUCACGAAUAUCGGAAGUUAUAAUUACACCUGAAUACAAUGAGGAAGGAAUUUACACAGUUCGUUUCUGUAUCCAGGGGGAAUGGGUUCCUGUUGUUAUUGAUGAUUGGAUUCCCUGUGAGUCACCUGGUAAACCUGCAUUUGCCACCAGCAAGAAGAAAAAUGAACUGUGGGUCUCCAUCUUGGAGAAAGCUUAUGCUAAGCUUCAUGGUUCGUAUGAGGCAUUGGAAGGUGGACUUGUCCAAGAUGCUCUUGUUGAUCUCACUGGGGGCGCUGGUGAGGAAAUUGAUAUGAGAAGUACUGAAGCACAGAUCGAUCUUGCUAGUGGAAGAUUAUGGUCUCAAGUGUUACGGUUCAAUCAAGAAGGUUUUCUACUUGGUGCUGGUAGUCCUUCAGGUUCAGAUGUGCAUAUUUCUUCGAGUGGUAUUGUUCAAGGACAUGCCUACUCAAUAUUGCAGGUACGAGAAGUAGAUGGUUAUAAACUUGUUCAGAUCAGAAAUCCAUGGGCAAAUGAGGUUGAGUGGAAUGGUCCUUGGUCUGAUUCAUCACCUGAAUGGACAGACAGGAUGAAACACAAGCUCAAACAUGUCCCCCAGGCAAAAGAUGGCAUAUUCUGGAUGUCUUGGCAAGAUUUUCAAAUACAUUUCAGGUCUAUUUAUGUUUGUCGUGUGUAUCCACCGGAAAUGCGUUAUUCUGUUCAUGGACAGUGGCGAGGUUGUAGUGCUGGCGGCUGCCAGGAUUAUGAUACUUGGCAUCAGAACCCGCAGUUCUGUCUGAAGGCCAGAGGGCCCGAUGCUUCUUUGCCCAUUCACGUUUUCAUUACCUUAACUCAGGGUGUGAGCUUUUCAAGGACAGCUGCUGGUUUCAGAAAUUAUCAGUCCAGCCAUGAUUCCAUGUUGUUCUACAUUGGGAUGAGGAUUCUAAAGACCCGUGGCCGGCGAGCUUCCUACAACAUUUAUAUGCAUGAAUCUGUUGGUGGAACAGAUUAUGUAAACUCUCGAGAAAUUUCGUGUGAGAUGGUGUUGGAACCCGAUCCAAAAGGUUACACAAUUGUGCCUACAACUAUACACCCCGGUGAAGAGGCACCUUUUGUACUCAAUGUAUUUACAAAGGCCUCAGUGUUACUUGAAGCUUUAUAGAGUGCAUGGUCCAGUCAACGGGUUUUAAAGAAGAUUUUGCUUGGUAUGUCCCUCUGAGCAUUUCAUGCCCGGCAGCUGUUAAUGACAAAUAUGCGUGACACAGAUUACACUGCCUUGUUGAUGCCAGACAUGCAGAAGCAGCUGGUGUGCCUCAUCCCCUAAAAGUGAGCUGUUCAGCCUUAGCCCUAAUUCUUAGAAGGUCGUUUUGUAUGCCGUGCUGAUGAUGCUCUUCAAUCCACAGGAAGGUGAGACACAAAGUACCUAUAAUAGCUUCCUUUCCCAUUUCCGUCAAAACUUGAUGUUCUCUCAAAGAGAGUUCUUGGGGAUGGGAAGGUGUGUACAUGAGUAGAUGCUGUAAGAGUAUAGAAUCUAAUCGUGUAAAUGAACGGCGAAAAUGGAAAAAAAUGAAUAUUAAUCAAAGGGUAGGAAGUAUGCCUAAUUGGUGAUCGUAGAGCGUUUAUAUUGCAGAUUUAAGUUGCUUUUUCAGCAACAGUUUUGAAAUAUUGUAAGGAAGAUUUGCUUGUAAAGUGGUUAGUCCUGUUU